UCAAACCCCACCCACGAAAAAGUGGAAUUUUUAUUUUAAAGUUUCAAUUAAAGGCAUCUCCAAAAAGCACUCGUCUCUGUCUCCCUCUCUCUCUGUCUCCCUCUCUCGAACGAUUUAGGGCUUUUCUCUAUUUCUCUCUUCGAUUCCCACAGCAUCAUUCCGCUCUGCAGGCGUUCCUUCUCACAUGCUAUUUAUAUGCUGAAUCGGAAUUCCAUUGUUGGAUCAAUGACUUAUUCAAGUGUCAGCCAGCGAUUUAUACCCUAUUUUCUGGAUUGAAUUCGCGGAUUGUUCUUGUGUUCCUCAUCUUGUCAAUUCACAGAUUCAGCUGUAUGCAAAAGCUAAUAAUAGCAGGGUAUAUUGUUUUCUCCUUGUUUUCACGACAUUUCGUAUGAGAGAUUAUGUAAAAAUAGUUUAAAAAUCCAGUGCUGCUUUCUUUGGCCACGGUUCAUAAGAAAUAGCUAAGACGGGGUCGCUUUGCUGCGUGGCUGCAAGGCCACAUGGAUCAACUGCUGCCAGUAGAGAGUGGUCCAUGGGCCCCUCCGAGCCCUACUGGCGAACCAACACCAGCUUCUCGCCUCCCCUCUCUAGAAGAUGGGACCAUAGGUUUCAAUCUGAAGGCCCACCAUUUGGAUCACAUGGUGGUCCUCAACUCUAUGACUCUUCUCUCUCUUCAAAUAGUAAUAAAGAUAGCCGGAGUUGGGUGCGAAGCGACGAGUUCCCUAAUCAGUAUUCUGCAUCUGAAGGGGUUGUCUCGUAUUUGAGCAGCCCGUCUGAUAGUUUCCAGGCCCAGCAGUGGACGCCGCCACCGAUGCAAGGAGUCAGUAUCGAUGAGUAUGUUUCUGCUACAAUGAGAGAACCAGCAUCUGGGCCUCUAGUCUUCACCCGCUCGGCAGAGGGAACUUCUGCUAUCCCAUUCAGUACUGGUUCCACUUCAUCUUGUUCAGAUGCGAGUGAAUACGAGACCAUGUCUAAGACACAUGUUUCCUCGCACCGCAACUUCUCAAGUCGCUGUUCUUUCAUGUCAAAGCCCGUUCACCCUCUCUCAUUUCCAAACCAGAAUCCAGAGGAAGAAGCUAAUGGGUUGGUUUCCAGCAUCAACUCAGACCAGCCAAAUGAGAAUGCUACUCAAAUUUCUCAUCCAAAGUCAAUCCGAAUGCUCACUGAACUCCAAUCUACGUCUGGUUUUCCAGAGACAACCAUUACUCAAAGAGAAGGCCUUCGGUGGAGUAGUGCCAGCAGUGUUGAUUUUACUGACUUUUCCGAACAUUUGGAGCCCGAAAACUUGGGAUUUUCACAUAAUCCGUCUGAAGGUUCCAAAUGUGGAUUAUGCGAGAGGUUCUUGUCACAUAGAUCACCAUGGAGUUCUCGGCGGAUUGUAAGGAGCGGAGAUAUGCCAGUAGCCGGAGUUCUUUCAUGCCGCCAUGUUUAUCAUGCGGAGUGCUUAGAGCAGAUGACACCCAAGACACAAAAACAUGACCCGCCUUGCCCAUUGUGCAUGAAAUCAGUGGAGGAGAAUGUUCCUGAGCAGCGGGUGGUUUGCAGGCUACGGAACGGACUCCCAAGGCUCAGGUCGUUUGGUGAGGAUGGACCGUCAAGAGCUUGGGGCUGUGGGCAGGUGGGAGAUUGCGUAGAAGGGGCGCUACAUACACAGGCACGCAGUAGCAUGAUGUUGCUGAACAGGAACCGUCUCAAGAAACAUCUGUCCUUGAAGGGGAGUUCUAGCAAGGUGCUACCUGAUACAUUGAAGAAAAGUGGGACAUUUUCUCCGCAGCUCCUCCAUGGGCGAAGAUCUGUCGAUCAAGCAGUAGGGUGCUCAAGGAUGCCAGCUGGUCAUCUUUGAAGAGAUGGUGAAACCUCAUAGGUUAGCUAGAAUUACAGAUUGCAGCUGUGUUCAGAUAAUUGCAGCCUUUUUCUAUAUUUAAAAUUUCCAUUUUCCCAUUAGGUUUAGGACCAGUUUGGUUCUACCGGAAAAUGCAGACAGGAGUAGAAACAUGCCCAGUGCAGAAUGAGAUUGGGAUGAUAACAGGUGACCCAGGUUCUACUUGUUAUUAUUUGCUUCUCAACUUAGGGCACAUUUUGUUGAUGGAAGGGUUUCAUGCAUCCCAUUCCUACCAUCCACAUUUUGUUGGGAUGCACCAAAUGGCUUGAAUUCCUCGCGGAUUGACCAAUUUGCAUAUGGUCAUGUUAUCAUCCAGAUUUGAGCAACAACAGGUCCCAUCUGCAUUCUGGGGUACACCCAAACAGGUCCUUUGGCCCCAGAUUGAUUAUAGGCCUCAACCAAAAUCUGAUUUUACAGACUGGAUGAUUGAUUAGGAGAUGUCUGUCAUGUUUAGAGCAGUUUGUGCAUAUGCCUUUUUCGUUUUUUUGGGGUUGUGUAAGCUGAAAUGCUAGUCCCAUGGCUUGAUAUUUGCAUAGGUAGUGUCUCUCAGUGAGUGGUGCUAUCAAGGUUCUGGUUGGGGUGGAAACCAGAAAAUAUAUCUCCAUCUAUUUGUUGUGUGAGUCAGUUUAGCAGGCUGUCAGUGUACGUUUGCAGGCAUGAUUAUGUUACAGAAGUGUGGACAGAUCAUGCUCA